GCAGUUCGCAAAGAAGCCAAGAGCAAACGGGUGUGCUUUGAUACCAAUGUUGCAGUAGAAGAAAGUCUACUAUCCAAAGCGACAAAAAUAAUUCGAAAAAGGAAACUACAUUUCGGUGAAAAGGAUGACAUUGAAAACAGGGCUAUGGAUGCUCACGAGGACUAUCAAAUGAAUGUAUUCAAUGUCGUAAUGGAUCAAAUUGUAACAAGCACCAAUAGUAGAUUUGAGAACCACAAAGACUUUACUAAGAUGUUUCCUGUUUGGACCCUUGCCAAUAGAGGCUGCCUCAAAAUGCAUUGGAGUCUUUAA